AUGGCUGAGGCAUCAACAGAAAGGCCGCCGAAGCGACGGCCCAGGAGGGUACCAGGCCCGGCUCGAAAGCGAUCGGCGCAGAGCUGCGACUUCUGUCGAAAGCGUCGCUGUAGAUGCGUUCCACUACCGUCAGGGCACGGCUGUGUCAUGUGCCAUGAGCAUGAGAUCGAAUGCUCCUACGUUCUUCCACGCAAGACCAGGUUUUACGGCAGCUUAGAUGACUUGAGCGACAGAUUCAAGUGCCUGGAGGCCAUCGUACAUGGGGCAUUUCCUGAUGUUGAUGUAUCCACAGUGUCGGGGCUCCUCGGGCUAGGAGAACGCAUGGGAUAUGCCAUGCCAGACUUGUUGCAAGGUAGCACAGUAGGGAUAGAAGAGCUGGUCAAGGGUGGAAUCGCAUCAGAUGGCGCUCAGAGGGCUUCACCACCACACCCACACCCUAUCACUAGUCAGGAUGUUGGUCCUGGCACGGAAGAGUCCGGCGGCCUCGUCAGGGAUACAGCCGGUCGGAAACAUUUCAUCGGCCCAUCCGGAAGUCUUCAGUUUCUGGGUCAGCUCCGGCGCUUGAUUCUCAACUCUCGCGCUGGUGGUAGCCAGGGUUCAGGGCUUAAUCGACUGACUGCUACCUUUACGGACGAAGAUGCGGCUCAGGCUCUGGAGGCAGAUAACAACCGCGAGGAGCAACCAGGGGUGUCCCCUGCCGGCGAAAGUCCCCAGUCGCAUGCGUCCCUCGGUUCAUCUCUGCUUCGAGACUUUGCUAGUAUCCCUCACGGGGAAAUUGAGGAGAUCAGACGACAGCUUCCGCAGCGGUCGGCGGUCGAUUCACUGGUGCGGGUGUACUUCAGAGAUAUACAUCCGGACUUCGCAUUAUUCCACCGGGGAUCCUUCGCGGAGGGGUAUGAAACGUACAUGUCUUCGGCCGCAAGGGGUGCGCAGCCACAAUCAGCAGGCUGGCUCGGCUGUUUACACAUGGCGAUUGCUUUCGCGUCCAUGUCUAGGGCGAACGACCUCCCUCCUCAUGUCGACCUUAAAGCCCUCUCCCGGCACUGUGUGAGUCUCACGAGGCUGUUGCUGCCUCAUCUAGUUUCCAACUGCGCCCUCACGAACGUCCAAGCCCUUGUCCUGCUGGCGCUGUUCCUCCACAACCAUAACGAGCGCAAUGCAGCGUGGAACCUUGUAGGAACCGCCAAACAUAUGGCCUUCUCUCUUGGCCUGCAUCGCGCCACCGAUAACCAAGCACAUUUCAGGCCCAUGGAGAGAGAGGCUCGAAAGCGGGUCUUCUGCACAUUGUACGGUUUCGAGCAGUUUCUUGCAUCCAGCCUGGGGAGGCCGACCGGACUCUACGAGUUUGAAGACGUGGAAAUUGUUUCUACCCACGAAGCUUUGCUAGAUGGAGACGAGGAUGGGGAUGACACUGCAAAACUCUCCCUGGAGCUGCAGGCUAUUCUGGCACAAGCAAGGGUAUCCCUUGCGGUCAAGUCAAUGCCAACGACCGACGACCAAAUCAACAGGGACAGCUUAGCCCGCCACGAACAUGCUGCAAGGGAGGUCCUGGACGCAUUGAAUCAGUGGAAGAAUCGGCUUAGCUCAACCCAUGCGCUGAACAUGCCUUUUAUCGCCGACGCCGAUGACAUCUUGUGUGAAGGCGCCCGGGAGUCGCCACGGAUGCCGUUGCAAGAACUACGAAUGAUGAUGGGCUGGCAGAGCAGGCGCCGGCUUCGGACUGCACUGGUGCUGCAGCUCCAAUACAGAUACAUCGGCCUUCUAGUAACAAGGUCUGCCUUGCUUCUACAUGUUGCAACCGCGCCAGCUAGGAGUGGAGGUGAGGGAACAGACCCCCCAGAUGAACAGCUGUCAGAUCUGUGCAUAACACACGCUGUUCAGCUCUGUCGCCUAAUCUUGCUUGCCGACUCUGUUGACCUGGUGAACGGAACCUCGGCCAUGGAUGUUUUUUAUGCCUAUUGUGGUGUCAUGGUGCUGAUCCUACGUUCGCUACGUGUUUCCAACUCCGCCAACCACCAUCACGACCGACACAAAGCACGCCUACAGAUGGAGCAGCGUCGCCUCAUUGCGGAGACGAGGGAAGUUCUCCUGCGCAUAAGGAAGUGCAGUACGAUGACUCGGUUUGCACGCGUAGUAGCUGCGUUCGAGGAAGGGUCGAGGCCAGAUCGAUCGCAUCGCGUCGCUCCGAUAGACAGCCACGCCCCAGUAAAAGGGCAGCCGGCUACGGAGGCAGUAAAUACGCAGCCAUAUGCGACGUUGUCAAGCGACCCCUUCCACUCAGCCGAGCAACUCAGUGACCCAACCGCCAACCAAGCAGCGGUUAUAGAUCCGACUCUCGACUUCCUUCGUGCCUCCCAACAAGGACCAGGUACAGGAACAGCCACAGGACUCCUCGGCCCCCCAGGUCCCUCAUGGCAGGCUAGCUCCCUGACCACAUUUGACGGGCCAUCAGAUGCAAGCAGUUGGAUGAUGGAUUCUUUCUUCGGCCUUGACGGGACGGGCGCUGUCGACUGGGAUGAUAUUGAGACACUCCUCGCCCGAAAUAUUGGGCAAUGA